AACCGGUGAAGGUGAAACGCUUGGUGAAACGCAUCAGCAUUGACUUUGGAAAGUGUUUCAGGAACUGAAGAAAAUGGCAUUCACCUUUGCUGCUUUUUCUUACAUUUUGGCUCUGAUAUUUGAUGCUGUGCUCAUCUUUUUUGCCAUCUUUCAUAUAAUUGCCUUUGAUGAGCUGAAAACUGACUACAAGAACCCAAUUGACCAGUGCAACAGUCUCAACCCGCUGGUGCUGCCCGAGUACUUCAUACACCUGGUGUUCAACUUUGUGUUCCUGGUGGCCGGAGAGUGGUUCACAGUCAUCCUCAAUGUGCCUUUGAUUGCCUACAACAUCAACAGGUACCGCACGCGCCCCGUGAUGAGCGGCCCGGGCCUGUACGACCCCACCUGUAUCAUGAACGCAGACACGCUCAGCAAGUGUCAGCGCGAGGGCUGGAUCAAGCUGGCCUUCUUCCUGCUCUCGUUCUUCUACUAUCUCUACGGGAUGAUCUACUCGCUAAUCUCGGUCUGAGCGGGCGCCGGCCGCGCGAGCCCGACCCUGCGGCUCGUCUCCGCUCCCCCGGCGGCGCGGCGCCCCCCGUCCGUCCGACGUGCCACGUGCCAACGUCUGUCCUACCGGACCUCAGCGCCCGCGGGCCGAGCGCUGGGCUCACACGGGCCCCGUGUGAGCUGAAAUCAUCCAGCGCCCGCGGGCCGAGCGGCGCUGAACGCUGGAUCUCGGUACGGCCCGUUACGUGAGCGCAGUAAAGGUUGUGGCCCGUAUCCAGUUGAAAGGCGGCUGCUUGAGGCAGCUGCUGCCCUGCACCCAAACAAUCACAUGCUACGUGAUAUUUUAUUGGUGGGUGAUUUCAAUACUUGAUCGCACGGUGAUUUACCUGACUCAGCAGUGUCGCGCGUUGUAAUAAGAGGCUAGUCACACGUGUGUAUCGUAGAUGGGAGAUUUAAUACAAAACUGUGAGACAGCCA